AACGUCACGGAAUUUCGCUCGUUCCUUGGUCUUACCGGCUACUAUCAGCGCUUCAUCGAAGGCUACUCCAAGAUUGCGGCCCACUUGAACAAGCUUCAGUGCGAGGAUCGUCCGUUUGACUUUGGAGAGGAGGCGCGGGGAUCAUUCCUCGCUCUCAAAGCCGCGCUAUUGUCUGCGGAGGUCUUGCGAAUCUACGACCCGCUCGCACCUACGCGUGUCACUAUGGAUGCGUCAGGAUAUGGCAUUGGUGCAGUCCUCGAGCAACAUGAUGGUGUGGACMGGCACCCGGUCGAGUACUUCAGCAAGAAAGUGSCCCUCGUGCAUUCCAUCGACGAUGCAYGCAAGAAGGAGCUCCUCGCCUUCGUCCACGCGCUCAAGCGGAGGCGGCACUUCCUCCUUGGUCGAAGCCAAUUUCGCUGGGUAACGGACAACAAUCCGUUGGUCUUCUACAAGACCCAGGACACCGUCAACAGCACCAUCGCUCGAUGGAUGGCUUUCAUCGACCAGUUCGACUUCUUUCCCGAUCACAUUCCAGGGAAGUCGAACUGUUUUGCGGAUGCUCUUUCACGGCGUCCGGAUCAUUGUACCGCGGUCUACUCAACUUUCAAGAUUGACGACGACCUGCGGAACAACUUCAUCCGCGGCUACCAAGCCGACCCCGAGUUUCGCGACAAGUACGCGAAUUGCUCCUCGCCUAAUCCGUCUCCUUCUCACUACCGGAUCCAGGAGGGGUACUUGCUUGUCCACACGCGGGGGAAGGACCUUCUUUGCGUACCAAGUGAUCCUCACUUGCGUACACGGCUUCUUGGCGAGUUCCACGAUGCUCCCGCCACUGGACACUUCGGGGUCAAUCGCACGAUUGGCCGACUUCGUCAACGAUUUUGGUGGCCUGGCCUUCUCAGCGACGUCACGCGCUAUUGUGAGUCUUGCGAGGUUUGCCGACGCUGCAAAUCCUGCAACCAUCGUCCGUACGGCGAGCUACGACCAUUGUCGGUYCCGUUGAGGCGAAGGGAAGCGAUUGCCAUGGACAUUACCGGCCCGUUCCCCAAGCACAAGUCCGGAGUGGAUGGGAUUCUCAUGGUGGUCGACCGACUCACCAAGCUCGCCAUGUUUUUGCCUUGUCGCUAUCAUGCCRAGGCACCGGAGUUGGCCGAGGUUCUGUACGCCGGUUGGAUUCGCACCAAGGGUUACCCCAAGGAGAUCGUCUGCGACCGCGACACUCGGUUCAUGUCCGAUUUUUGGUUGGCGCUUAUCAAACGAUGGGGCUCAUCUCUCAAGCCCAGUUCAUCUCGCCACCCUCCGACCGAUGGCCAGACGGAGAGGGCGCAUCAGACCGCACAGGUUCUCCUUCGCACUCUCAUCCGCCCCGACCAGAAAGACUGGGUUGAGCGACUGCCGGAUGUUGAGUUGGCCUACAACUCUUCCAUCCACCCGGCUAUUGGGAUAUCGCCCUUCGAGUUCGAGCACGGCUCGCCGGUCACGUUGUCAGGCGGCCACAAGCAGUGCGCCGCCUGAAAUCUACGGUUUUGGGACUUAAGCGCGAAGACGAGUCUGAGUUUUGACGGUACUCUGGUUAGA